CAAAUAAUUUCAACUCUCGAUCAGUGGGUGAUAUUUAUUUAUCAAGUGAAACGUUUUUUUUUUUACUUCUGUACAAGUGGAACGAAUGUGCUCGGGCGUUGGAUAAAACACCAUCUGCCUGAAUGAAAUUUAUUCGUUAUCUUAAGACACUGCGAUUAAAGUGGAGUGGACGGAACGAGUGGAACUGUAGCAGUACGCGAGAAUAAAAUAAUAAUUCAAAAGAAUAUCAUCUGGGAAGGGAAUAAGUGUUAAAGGAUGACGUCGACAAAGGCGAAGGAAAUAGCGGAUGAUUAUUUUUCGUCCCUGAAGGACCUCACCAUCAACUCCAAGCCCCUCAUCAACAUGCUCACAAUGCUCGCUGAGGACAACGUUGAACACGCCGAGGCUAUCGUCGAAGCUGUUGAGAAUCACUUACAAAAGGUGGAAAGCAAGUUCAAGCUACCGGUCCUCUAUCUCAUCGACUCAAUCGUCAAGAACGUUAAUGGAGCGUAUUUAAACCUGUUCACGCAAAACAUUGUCAAUACGUUUUGUGGUGUCUUCGAGAAGGUGGAUGAGGUUACCAGAGCCAGCAUGUGGAAACUACGACAGACGUGGAGUAAUGUUUUUCCUGCAACUAAAUUGUAUUCUCUCGAUAUACGAGUACAGAGCAUCGACCCAGCGUGGCCCAUCACGGCAUCACCACCCACGAUAUCAUCGGGUUCGAUACAUCUGAAUCCAAGAUUUUUGUCCAUGUCGCAGGUGUCGUCGACUCAACCUCCAGCAGUAGCAAUGCCAUUGGCAACUCCUCCAACCGAUCUGGCACCGAUUCAUAUAAAUUCAAAACGCGAAGAGCUACUGAAUCAGCAGAAAAAAUUACUAGAACUUCAAAAGCAAAAAGUUGAAUUAGAAUUGCUGCAGGCAAAGUUGAAUCUUGAGGAGCAGCAGAAGCAGUUGGAAGAGCAAGAUCCAGCAGUGAAAUCUGGAAUGGUAACUGUUCCCCAUCCAACUCAUCAGUCUCAUCAAAAUUCAACAACUGUAAACACAACUAAAGAGAUUGGUCCUGACCAGCAGAUACUCCCAUCACUAGUCAUUCCAACGAGUGAGGAGAAUCAGGGAAAGCCAGUGGCACCAGUGAUGCCUAGUCAAGUGGUUAAACAAGUCUCUAAGCAGGUCAGCAGAGAUAAAAAACUAAAAGACGAAUUUCCAGCAGCAGCUGCAUCUCUCCUGAAAAAUGCUGGCACAACAAAUGGUCCUCGUAUUGCUCCAGCGAGCAGUCUGAUGGUUGCUUCAGCACGUCAAGCAUCUCGUGAUCCUCGACUGAAAGCCAUAACUCAACAGCCCCUAACAGACAUCCACCAAGUAACCUCAACAUCGUCAAUAUCCACUGUACUUUGUGAUAAAUUAAAGCAGCAGUUGAAAAUGCAAUUGGCUAGCAAAAUCAAGCCAACAAUGAAUAAUCCAUUGAUCGCCGAAGGAUCGUUAAAAAAUAGUAUUAACGAUAAUCCAAUCAACAAUAAUAAACCAUUAAAUUCGUGCAAAGAUGGUCUCUCAAAUCGUUCAAAUCUAAAGAAAGAACGAACCUCUAGCAAUAGUAACAAUAGUUUAUCCACAAAUAAUGCAAAAUCAAUGAAUCAAGUUGGUAUAUCGACUAAUUCAUCAUUAUCAGCUAAUAUAUUAUCAUCCGUAUCGUCGAAUACGAGUGUUAAUCGGGCGCAUAGUGAUACUAGAGUUAAAGACAAUAAGCGAGAUACAUCAUCAUCGAGAUGUGACAAAGCAACGACAUCCUCCAAAUCAGCCCAUAGAAAGUUAGGUAAUAAAUCGCGAUUAAAGCAGUCGUCAUCCUCACCAACAAAAUUAAUAAAAUUAGAUCGUGAGACGAGUCCAGAUAGAUCAAAAUCACGUGAUAAGGAGAGCUCGGAUAGUUCACCAACGUCUUUGCGUACCUCACCACAGUCCUCAUCCCCAUUAUCAAAAAAUCGUAAGAAAUUAAGCAGUAAAGGGAGAAAACGUAGUCCAAGUCCUUAUCGCAUUCCAAGGCGUAAUUUAAGUGCUAAGGAGGUAUCAACGUCAAUCGGUAGUACAGGUGGUCUUACUGAGGAGGAACAGUCUGGUUCCCUCAUUGUAUCACCUCCUCAUCCACCAGCUUUCAAAGAUAUCGGACAGAAUACGAGACAGAGAAAUUAUAUUAGGAGGAAUAAAGAGGGUCAGGGCUCCAGUCCUGAACAGUCCGGGCUGGUUGACGAGGGGGAGAGUCUCAUUGAGUCGGCUAAUAAGGAUGAAGAUCUUAGGGCUGCUCUACCACCGCCCAGUGUUGCUGCUGCUAUUUGUCAAAAAAAAGAAGACUUGGAUCUGCGAGUCCUGCCACCACCAGUGAAUAAAAGACAAAGUGCUGAACAUAUUGAUGGAGGGGCAACAAAGAGAACAAAAACGGAGAAGUUUGAUGCACUAUUCGGCCACGAGGAUGUUGACCUGCGUACCCUGACGAACCCGAAGGCAGGUAGACCACCAACACCACCACCACCUGUGAUCUCCGGUGAGGACAAUAAAGCAAGCUGGGCCAAACUAAAAUCACCCUCGAAGAACGAUCGCGAGAAGCAAAUCGGUUUCGACGAGAAGCGUGACAGAGAUCGUAACAAAGAUCGUCUAGGUCGUCCCCGUCUGUACAAACUCUCAGACGACACCAAAGAUCGUCGCCGGGGUUUCUCCAGCGACGAGGACUCCCGUCCCCGCAGAAACAAGGAUACCGACAAAUCAGAUCGUGGAGACAGAAACAUCGAGAUCAUCAUGAAACAGGCAGAGGAGCAGUGGCGGGAGGGUUCAAUAUCUAAAACUGAAUAUCACAAAUUAAUUCAAGAGAUCUGGCAGAUGAAUGAGGAUCAGAAGCUGCGAGCAGCUCAGAGGAAGGAGAAAGAGAUAGGCUCUCUGGUGUGGGAGAAGGGCAUUGAAAUCGGUGGCUACAGUCCGAAGGACGGUGACAUGGGACACAGAAAGGAUCACCACAAUCGGAAUGGACCACGUUGGAAUCAGCCCUGGCAGCCAGGACCCUGGGCACAUCCUCCCUUCGGUCCAACUGCUCACUUCAAUCCUGAAUUUAGGCCAGUGGGCCCCUGGCAGAAUCCCAGAUUCCCUCCAAUGCGUCCAGACUUCAAUCAGUUCCACAGUGGCUUCAACUCCAAUCUCGGACCACGAAUGGGUGGAAUCAUGGGCCCAAUGGGUCCUAAUGCUCCUAUGAUGCCUGGUCUUCUGGCGAAUGGUCCGAUAGGCCCUGUUGGUAUUAAUCCACUCAAUAUCAAUGGCCCUGGUGGUCUUCUAAUUAAUGGACCAUCUCGAGGGAAUCUCCUCGGACAUCUUCCCAAUGCUGUCAACUCUGUCAAUACCUCUGUGCAGCCAUCCUCACCUCCGCAAUUCGAUGAGAAGAGCUCCUCUGAGGAGAACCGACACAGCAGGGAACUACCGUCACCUGAUCCCAAACUCCUGGAGGAAAUUUCCAGUGACAGCAUGAAAUCCAUCAACAUCGACAACAUGCCCAGGGAGAUCAGGUAUUAUGGGUCCAUUGGUGUUGUCUUCAUGUCCUGGGAUGAUCCCAGAGAAAUUGGUUUCCAGGAUGGUACACGUAGAAUUCUCAUCGAUGAUAAGGAUACGAUAACCUGUGCGUUUAAUGAGCCGUAUAAGGAAUUUUUAUAUGAGAAUGAUGUCCAUAAAAUUCGACUAGGUGCUCCCACUCGUGAAUUGUACAUCGAUGACAGGUGGUACGAAUGUUACUUCGGUGGGCCUCCAAUUACAGUUGACCUCGGCUCCAAGAAGGUCAGCAUAAAGUUGGAGGGACCACCGCCCCAGGUGAAGAUUGGCUCGGUUAAGAGAACGGAUCUUGUGAUAGCUAAAAUCAAUCUCAUCAUCAAUGCCAGGACAAUGGUGCCAGUUUUUCUUGAUUCCAAGCCCCAGGUAUUCGAGCUCGAUGGUCAUACCCAUACGUUGGAAUUCACGGACUCGUUGAAGACUGUUCUCCUGAAUGGAAGGCCAUUUGCUGUGGAGUUUGGGGGAUUGCCCAAGCCAAUUAUGAUCAGAGAUAAGAAGCAUUUCAUCAGGUUCUCGGUUUUGCCUAGAGGUAUUCGCGCCGGUGGAAUUAAGAUCGCUGGGAUGAAGGGAGAGAGCCCUGAGGAGGGGAGUAAUGAUGUUCCAGUGGUUCGGGAAAAAUCUGAGACCGCUGGUGGAAGUGCCAACACUGGGACAUCAGGGAUUGAGCACGACUCAGCCUCUCAGGAUGCUUCUGAUCUCCAGACUGGCUGCAAAUCUGAUUUACAACUGGAUAUGCUGUCCUCAGCGUUGUCCACUGCCAUGGCACCAGCCUCUGGAAUGUCCUACGAGGCCGAACCCACCGAUAAAAAGACUCCAGCUGCUCCAGUACUGCCCUUGAACUUGAAUCUCAAUGAGUUGUUCCAGAGAUUAGUGGACACUGGAAUUGUCCCGAAGAUUACUGGGGCUGCUGCGGAAGUUAAGAAGGAGUCGGAGGUGAAGAAGGAGCCUGAGGCACCUCUCAUAUUAUUCGAGAAGCCAGAGACACUCAAACUCCCACCGAAUUUCAGUGGAUUGUACAGUGGAAUGCAGUGUGGAUCGUGCAGUCUAAGAUUUGGACCUGACAGACCCAUGAAGUACAGUGCUCAUUUGGAUUGGCACUUCAGGCAGAACAGGAGGGAGAAGGACUCCGCCAGGAAGGCGCACUCUAGGAUGUGGUACUAUGAUACCAGUGACUGGACACAAUUCGAGACUUGUGAAGAAUCUGAUGAUAGGGCUCGAAGCUGGUUUGAAAUGGAGAAGCAAAAUGCUGAGACUGAGGGAGCAAAUGCCGAAGACACCCUCCAGGAAACGGUCUUACCUAGUGUACCAACAGGAAGUGACGAGGAUGGACAGUGCCAAGUAUGCCAUGAUGCUUUUGAACAAUUUUACAAUGAGGAGAAGGAGGAGUGGCACUUGAGACCAGCUGUUAUCUUCGAGGAGAAAAAUUAUCAUCCCCUAUGCCUAGAGGAUCACAAGCGUGCCUUGGAGAAGUCCGCAAUGUCCGUCGACGAGCCUGCAACAGACGCAGAGGAUGACAAAAAAGAGGAAAUUAACGAGUCGAUGGACACAUCCACUGAUGAUGCGAAAGAUCCAGAAUUGGAAUCAAAAGAAGAAUCCAUUGCAGAAGAACCGACAGACGAGAGUAUGAAUCCUCCGGAGGAAUCAGUGGAACCCCCUGGCGAACCAGAGGUACAGAAUGAAGAGGAAAUUUCUGAAAACACUGAGGAAGAGGUAAAACCAAUGGAUGAGGAAAACACAGAAAGCCUCGAGCCACCAGUAGAGACUGUGGACGAGGUUGAGGUGAAAAUAACAGAAGAGGUGGAAGAGAAAGUCACUGAGAAUUUUGAUCUUGUGAAGAUCAAGGAGGAACCAAUCGAUAGUAUGGAGACUGAGGAACAGGUCUUCGACUUCAGCAAUGUUCAUGUAAAAGCUGAACCGGAAGAUCCUGAACCUGAACCCAUAGUACCUGAAACAGGAGCACCAGUGGACACAACACUGGCAGCAAUGACAAGUUCAAUAGACGGUAACGUUGAGCUGGAAUCAACAGGUUCUACUAUUCCCGCUCCACAAUCGAAGAUCAAAAUAAAUAUAACCAAGACUCUAAUAACGACAAAUAAAGAGCCUGAAGAGCCUAAAGAGAAGCCACAGUCGUCUGACAUAGUCACCGAGGAGAAUCCCCAGCUCCUCGUACCAGCCUCGAUUAAGCCAUCACUACAAGGUAGGAAAUUAUCGGUUUUGCCACCUGUGCAAAAGGGCCACGAGUUGUCAGGACUCUGUUCCAUUAUGUGAAUUUAUAAACUGCCGGUUAAGCAUGAAUUAAUCCACGAGAGAUAAGAAAAUUAUUGACUUGGGCCCAUUAAUCGAUUUAAACGAGAAAAUACGAAUUUGAAAAAUAUUAUCAUUUCGAACUCGCAAUAUUCGAUAGUUGAGUUUUGAGACAUCACAAUUUGUUAAACUAGUACGGCAUGAUUUUUCAGUGCCUUUUCACGUUUAGUCUACGCAUUUAAUUUUUUUUUCUGUUUUUAGUCCGCGGGCUGAAUUUUCAGUUUUAAUUUUUUUCUCGGUUGUUAUAGAGGAGAGUAGUUUCAUCAAGUCGUACAAGUUUGCACCACAUUCUUUAUGAUGAUUAGAUGGUGAAUGAUUGAGGGAGUAAUUGUCAGUGUGGAUGCGCGUGAAUGAUGUGAAAUUCAUUGAGAGCGUGGAAAAAUCGAUAGAGAUGUGUAUAAAGUAUCAAUAGUGAGUAUUUGUUAACUUGUAAGUAAUUUGAAUUGUAAUGAGCAAGAGAUGAAUGGAAAAUCAUUCCUCAGUAGCAUUGGGUGCAAUUGUGGGAGAGCAAUGGCACAAGACUAAAGAAAUACUGAUAUUUCAUACGGUUUAUACUUUGUAAUGUGGCAUAAAAAAUAGACACAUGGUAUUUUUAUUUAAUGAUUAUUAUGAAAGGGUAAAAUUAUCCUUCUAUUUGUCGAGGGAUGAACUUGACGUGUGAGGAGGAUUUACUGCGAUGGGUGGAAUUGAGUGAGUGAAGUGAAAAUUGAUAUUAUUUCAAUUUUGAUUCGUCGAGGAUGUACAAAGCGUGUGAUAUACGAAUUAUUUUUGUUGUGUACAUAUUUAAAAGGCUAAGUAGGGAUGCAAACCACUACUGCUGAUACAAAAAAGAGAGUGGAGAUGUUCUUUUUUUUAAUGAAAUUUUCGUAACGAAAAUUGAAUGAUAAUAGAGACCAAUAUUUUGUUGUAUAAAAAAGAAAUGAAAAAAACCAAUUUAUUGAUUA